UUGCUGCUUAGUUUGUUUAUUCAAUCAUUCAAUUCCAAUCCAACUUUAUUACUACUAUUCUCUUUGUUCUUAUCAAUACCAUCUCUAACUCUCUCUUUGCAAUGGUUUUGGUUGAUAGUCAUGGCAGCAAAGACGACGGAGCAAUGGUGGAUUUUCGUGGAAAUCCGGUCGAUAAAUCAAAAACUGGCGGCUGGCUCGCGGCCGGGCUCAUCUUAGGUACGGAACUCUCCGAGAGGAUUUGCGUGAUGGGAAUAUCGAUGAAUAUGGUGACGUAUCUCGUUGGAGAUUUGCAUCUCUCGACCGCAAAAUCAGCAAACAUCGUUACUAAUUUUAUGGGAACUCUUAAUCUACUAGGCCUUGUUGGUGGCUUCGUCGCUGACGCCAAACUCGGUCGUUAUAUGACGGUUGCUAUUGCGGCAUCCGUCACGGCUUUGGGAGUGACAUUGUUGACAUUGGCCACCACCAUCCCCAGCAUGAGGCCUCCUCCCUGCACGGAUCCACGGAGGCAUCUAUGCGUGGAGGCCAACAGGCGGCAGCUGGCCAUGCUCUACACGGCCCUCUACACGAUCGCGUUGGGGGGAGGAGGCAUCAAGUCUAAUGUCUCCGGCUUCGGAUCAGACCAGUUCGACUCGUCUGAUCCGAAAGAGGAGAAGGCGAUGAUAUACUUUUUCAAUAGAUUCUAUUUUUGCAUUAGCCUCGGUUCCCUUUUCGCAGUCACGGUUUUGGUCUACAUUCAAGACAAUGUGGGGAGGGGGUGGGGCUAUGGGAUUUCGGCGGGCACUAUGAUCAUCGCGGUUGGGGUGUUGCUAGUGGGGACGGCUUUGUACCGGUUCAAACGGCCUCAGGGAAGCCCCCUGACCGUCAUAUGGCGCGUCGUCUCCUCUGCUUGGAGGAGGAGACGUUUGCCGUAUCCUCCUCAACCUGACAUGUUGAAUGAGUACUACAAUGCCACAGUUCCUCAUUCAAAUAAACUUAGGUGCUUGGACAAGGCAUCGGUAAUUGAGGGCGACACACCGGCAGACGUGGCCAAAGGCGUCGCUACAACGAAACCCGCAACCGUUACUCAAGUUGAGGAAGUGAAAAUGGUGGUAAUGCUUCUACCAAUAUGGUCCACUUGCAUACUCUUUUGGACAGUCUACUCCCAAAUGAACACAUUCACCAUUGAGCAAGCCACAUUUAUGAACCGGAAUCUCGGAGGUUUCAAGAUCCCAGCCGGAAGCUUCUCCUUCUUCCUCUUCAUCACAAUCCUCCUCUUCACGUCCCUCAACGAGAGGGUCCUCGUCCCCUUAGCCCGAUGCGUGACCCACACAAAACAAGGCCUAUCCUCCCUCCAGAGGGUCGGGAUAGGCCUUGUCUUCUCCAUAUUCGGCAUGGGGGCCUCUGCCCUCGUGGAGAUGAGGAGGAGGGACGCCUUCAUCAACGACGGCACCAGAAUCCACGCGUUUUGGCUCGUGCCCCAAUUCUUCCUAGUUGGGGCAGGUGAGGCCUUCGCUUAUGUGGGCCAGCUCGAAUUCUUCAUUCGAGAGGCCCCAGAGAGGAUGAAGUCCAUGAGCACGGGGCUGUUCCUAAGCACCCUGUCCAUGGGCUACUUCGUCAGUAGCGUGCUCGUCACGCUGGUUGACAGCGCGACGAACAAAAAGUGGCUGAUGAGUGACCUCAAUAGAGGGAAGUUGGAUAACUUCUAUUGGAUGCUUGCACUUUUGGGGGUCUUGAAUUUUAUGGUGUUUCUUGUGUUUGCAAUGAGGCAUAGGUACAAGGUGCAGAACUAUGUUGUACCUCAGCAAGAGAGUACAAGCACUGAUGCAGGUAAUAUUGCUGCUGAGGUUGCAUCAGAAGGAGUUUAAUUGAUCUUUCAUUUUGAAGAUUAAGUUGGUAAAGAUAUGCACACCAUGGAAAAAAAGUUUUUUUUCCCUUAUGUAUUACACAUUUAUUUUGAGAUGUGUGUGUGUAUUGUAGUGGAAAUGUAUCAUCUGGAUUUUGAUUAUACAAAUAUUUGAUUUGUAUAUAUAUUUGAGUAUAGUUUUUUU